AUGUCUCAAGAGGGUGAUGCUCAAAUUCCUAAAGAUUUCAAAUUCUACUUUGAAGCCAUGACACAGAGAUUUGAAAUAUUGAACUUCAGGUUUGAUGAAAUGCAAGAUAGAAUAGAAAGAGUUGAACAAAGGGAGCGACAACCGAGAACUUCAAAACAUCUAAAUGAAGAUGACACCAAUUCUACAGUUGAUAUGAGGCAGAAUAAACGUCGAAAUGAAGGAAGAAGAGUGUGUAAUGAAGAAAGGGUUGAUAAUAACCUAGGAAGUAUCAAGAUGAAGAUUCCAUCUUUCCAAGGCAGAAAUGAUCCAGAAGCUUACUUAGAGUGGGAAAGAAAGAUGGAGUUGGUGUUUGAUUGUCAUAACUACUCUUUGUUGAAAAAGGUAAAAUUGGCUGCCAUAGAAUUUUCUGAUUAUGCUAUUGUUUGGUGGGAUCAAUUUGUGUCAAACAGAAGGAGACAUGGUGAAAGACCUAUUGAAACAUGGGAGGACAUGAAAGCUGUCAUGAGAAGGCGAUUUAUUCCAAGUCACUACCAUAGGGACUUAUUUCAGAAAUUACAAAGUCUCACACAAGGUUCUAAAAGUGUUGAAGACUAUUUCAAGGAGAUGGAGACAAGCAUGAUUCGAGCCAAUGUAGAUGAAGAUCGUGAAGCUACUAUGGCCAGAUUUUUGCUUGGCUUAAAUCGGGACAUUGCAAAUGUGGUAGAAUUACAACAUUAUGUGGAGUUAGAUGACAUGGUGCAUAUGGCCAUAAAGGUGGAGAGACAACUCAAAAGGAAGGGUACCAUGCGUAUGGGGCAGAAUUCCACUUCUCAUUCAAGACCAACAUGGAAUAAAAAUGAAGAGAAGCCUCAUUUUAAAUCUUCAGCUGGUUCCUCUAAAACCAACCAAGUUGUAAACACUUCCAGCCAAGGUAAAACUGAAUCUCAAUCCUCUAGAAAUAGAGACAUAAAAUGUUUUAAGUGUUUGGGAAGGGGCCAUAUUGCUUCUCAAUGUCUAAAUAACAAAGUCAUGAUUUUGAAAGAUAAUGGUGAUGUUGAAAGUGAAGGUGAAUCUGAUAAUGAAUCCAUGCCUUCUUUAGAAGAUGCAAGUGAUAUAGAAUUACCAGUUGAAGGAGAGCUUUUAGUGGCUAGAAGAGCUCUUAAUGUGCAAGUUAAAGAAGAUAAGGAGUUACAGCGAGAAAAUAUUUUUCAUACUAGAUGCAAUGUCAAGGACAAGGAUUUUGAGGAUGUGUUCCCUGAAGAAAUACCCGAUGGUUUACCACCAAUAAGGGCAUAUAGAACCAACCUUGAAGAGACAAAGGAGCUCCAAAGGCAAGUUAAUGAGCUUAUGCAAAAGGGGCGUGUCCGUGUGAGCAUGAGUCCAUGUGCUGUUCUAGUAUUGCUUGUGCCUAAGAAAGAUGGUUCUUGGAAGAUGUGCGUUGAAUGUCGCGCCAUCAACAAUAUCACUGUAAAGUAUAGACAUCUCAUUCCUAGAAUUGAUUAUAUGCUAGAUGAGUUGCAUGGUGCAUGUGCUUUUACUAAAAUUGAUCUUAGGAGUGGAUAUCAUCAAAUCAGAAUGAAGGAAUGUGAUGAGUGGAAAACUGCAUUCAAAACAAAAUAUGGGUUGUAUGAAUGGUUGGUUAUGCCAUUUGGUUUAACUAAUGCACCCAGCACCUUUAUGAGGUUGAUCAAUCAUGUUUUGCGUGCAUUCCUUGGAAAAUUUAUGGUUGUAUAUUUUGAUGACAUUCUGAUUUAUAGCAAAAACUUGAAUGAGCAUGUUGAGCAUUUAAAACUUGUUUUGAAUGUUUUGAGGAAAGAGAAGUUGUUUGCUAAUCUAAAAAAAUGUUAUUUUUGUACUAACAAGCUUGUGUUCCUUGGUUUUGCUGUUAGUUCUAAAGGGAUAGAGGUGGAUGAAGAAAAGGUAAGGGCAAUUCAAGAUUGGCCUAGUCCUACUUGUGUGAGUGAAGUUCGAAGUUUUCAUGGGCUGGCUAGUUUUUAUAGACGGUUUGUGAAGAACUUUAGUAGCCUAGCAGCACCAUUGACUGAGGUUAUUAAGAAAAAUGUGGGUUUUAAGUGGGGUGAUGAACAAGAAAAGACAUUUAAUUUAAUUAAGGAGAAAUUAACUAAUGCUCCUUUGCUUGCUUUGCCUAACUUUACUAAUAAUUUUGAAACUGAGUGUAAUGCCUCAGGAAUAGGUAUUGGAGCUGUUUUAAUGCAAGAAGAACGUCCCAUUUCCUUUUUUAGUGAAAAGCUAAGUGGGGCUGCUUUACAUUACCCUACAAGGGGUGAUGGACCAUUUCAAGUGAUUGAGAGGAUAAAUGAUAAUGCCUACAAGCUUGACCUUCCAGGUACAGAUUUGAGGACAAAUCUUUUUGAAGAGGGAGGGAAUGAUAUGAAUAAGGAGACAACACCUAGUGAUCCAUUACAAUUGCCAAAUGGGCCAAUAACAAGAUUAAGGGCCAAGAAGUUUAAAGAAAUGCAGCAACCAAGGCAAGUUGAAGCCGAUGAGCUAAGCAAUGACAUAACAAGCAUAUAG